AUGAAUGAUGAAUGCCAGCUUUUUGAGGCACCGCUCCUUGAAGAUGUCCUGGAUACUACCAAGGCUAGUGGACCCCUGAGUCAUAAAACCAAAGGCCAGAAUCACCACUUUGCCUGUAAUUUUAAUAGACGCAUAGCAAAUCAGUGUGAGAGUAGGAAAGACCUCAUCGGUGUCAUUCUGAACCACACCCAAAGUGCAGAAGAGCUCCUGAAACGCAGGAAGGUUCGACACGAGGAUAUAUUGAAGUACCUAAUUAAUCAGGGUGUCGUUGUUUCUACUUCGUCAGACAAACAACAACUUAUUACUGUAGUUUUGGAGUAUUGGAGUACAUCAGAAGCCCAAAGAAGAGGAUGUUCUGAAAUCCUAAAAUCAUUAAGCUGUGAUAAUUUGCUUGGACUGAAGGACACUAUAGUCAGUGGGUUGACUACAGUAGACCUCAUCGGUAUCAUUCUGAACCACAGCCAAAGUGCAGAAGAGCUCCUGAAACGCAGGAAGGUUCGACACGAGGAUAUAUUGAAGUACCUAAUUAAACAUGGUGUCGCUGUUUCUACAUCGUCAGACAAACAACAACUUAUUACUGUAGUUUUGGAGUAUUGGAGUAAUUCAGAAGUGGAUAGAGAGCCAUUAAUAUCUGAAGCAGAUCUGGAACUUCGGGACCAAACAGUGAUGGAAGAACUGGAGAGACAAGUGGAGCAAUUGCGAAGGCAACAGCAAAUGCUGAAUCUACCACAGGGUGCAACUGCCAUGGACUUGAACAUAAAUGUGAAUAUUUCACAGAAUUAGCGAGUGGUUGUUGGAGUCUCAGAAGGUGAACAAGUAGGCAAGGAGUCUGCGAAUGGUUCUUCCAGCUUCUGAACUCUCAGAAUUCUUCCUUUGGACAACAGGCAAAAGAGUGAGGCCUACAGCACUUUCAGGACGAUGCAAUCCUUCACUUUACCUAUUGUGUUUUUGAACAGCGCUUUGGGCUCAUCCACACACCAAUCUGAGUAAACAACUGGAAAAUCAGGGUAUAUUAAUCUUCAGAUGAAAGCUUUUUUAUGGUCAGCUUGUAAUUAUGCAACCCAGUGUAUCUUUUCAGAUGACGGAACUACAAACAUGUAACAAUGAAUUAAAUGCACUUCUGAAGUAAUUUGAUUUGGAAAUCAUUUUCAGCUUUAUAGCCUGAAAGGAUUUGAAAUUUGUUUGGAUUUAUGUAAUGGGUGGACAUUUUCCUGCAUAGAUGACACUAGAUAAUAAAA